AUGGAGACAAUGGCCCAAACAAUGGCCACUCAAAAUGCUCAGAUCAACGAGAGAUUUGAUCGAUGGUUAGGCCAACAAAAUGGCCAAAAUGGAAACCAAGGGGCGCCAAUUGGAGCACCAGCGGUUGGGCCACAAGUGGAGGCCCAACCAAAUGGUUUUGGAGUGAAUCCGCCCCAACUUAAUCCACCAGCUGGGGCCAACCAAGCCCCAGUGGUUAAUAUUCCGCCGAUGGGCAACAACCCAUAUGCGGCGGUCAACCAAUUUCAAGUGUUCCCGCCAUAUAAUCAAUUCCGCCCACAAGCUCACCAAGCGGCUGGGGCCAAUUUCGCUGGGCCUCAUAUCAACCAAUUCGGAGUCGGUGGUUGGAAUAACCCCGGCGGGAAUGCUAACAACCCAUUGCUAGGGAAUCAAGCAAUCGACCGAGGUGCGGUCGAACAAAUGAUUCAAGAUAUGGUGCCCCAUGCUAGGAGGAUUGGUAGGCCGGUUUAUCGGCGACCAUAUCCGGAGCACUUUGAUCAAGAGGAGUUUCCAAGGGGUUUCAAGGUUCCGGAUUUUGCACUAUUUUCGGGAGAUGGGCUCCAAUCGACCGUUGAACACAUUGGCCGAUUCACGGCCCAAUGCGCGGAGAUUGGGCAUCGCGAGGCCUUGAAACUAAGGCUAUUUCCGAGUACCCUUACGGGGGCAGCUUUUUCAUGGUAUGUUAAGCUUCCACAAAAUUCCGUCCCUAAUUGGCAAGUUAUGGAGCAAGUCUUCCACGAGCAAUUCUAUCGACCGGAGCCGGAAGUCUCAAUGGCCGACUUGGCAAAGAUAAGCCAGAAGCCAAGUGAGUCGGUCCAAGAAUAUUUGGGGCGGUUUAGAGAAGCAAGGGCUAGGUGUACGGUCAAUAUGCCAGAGCACGAGUUUGCAAAAUUGGCCCAAGGAGGAUUGUUGCUUGAUCUCCGAAAGAAAUUCGAAGGAAUUGAGUUCCGCGACAUUUAUGAUCUCUUACUUCGGGUGGAUCGAUACGAAGCCCUUCUAAAGGAGGAGCAACAAAAAGGGCGGCCGGCACCCCGGCCGACAUUUUAUAGGGAUUCAACCAAACCUUCCGGGUCUAGGACUACGGCGGUCCACGCAAUAGACAUUGGAGAUAUAGACUCAGAAGAAAGAGGUGAUGAAGUUUACUUAGAGGAAGAAGAGUCGGCUGAGGUAAACUUGGCCGAGAUUGUGGCCAAAGGGCCAUAUGUGUGCAAGGCUUUGUCUAAAGCCUCUAAGGAUCAAAGGCCGACCACGGCCCAAAUGUCCAAGUUUAGUGGAACCUCCCAAAAGGCGGUCGUGACUAAGUCCUACACAUUUGAUAUUUCUAAAGCCGAACAAAUUUUCGACCAACUUUUGAAAGAAAAGAUCAUAAAAUUAUCUAAUGAUCAUGAUAUUCCGUCGGCUAAUGAACUUAGAAAUAAAACUUAUUGCAAGUUUCACAAUGUAUGGUCUCAUACGACUAACAAUUGCUUGGUUUUUCGGAAUGCCGUGCAGGAUCUCAUCGAUCGGAAAGAUCUUGAAGUUUCCGGAGAAAACUACAAUGGGCGUCGACAAGGAUCCUUUCCCAAAUGCUCAAGUCAACAUGGUGAAUGCUAA